AUGAGUGCUCCCAUCAAGUUGGAAAACACCGUGCGUAGAGAUACCUUAAUUGAUAUUGAAAAGAAAUAUCAGAAAAUCUGGGCUGACCAAAAAUUGUUUGAAGUCGAUGCCCCUACCAUUGAAGAGGAUCCCACUGAAGAUGCGGACGAAUUGAGAAAGAAGUACCCCAAGUACUUCGCCACUAUGGCCUACCCAUACAUGAACGGUGUCUUACAUGCGGGCCAUUCCUUCACUUUGUCCAAAGUUGAGUUUGCCACUGGUUUUGAAAGAAUGAACGGAAAGAGAGCCUUAUUCCCACUCGGUUUCCACUGUACUGGUAUGCCGAUCAAGGCUGCUGCCGACAAGAUCAAGCGUGAGAUUGAAAUGUUUGGCUCAGACUUUUCCGGAGCUCCAACUGAAGAAGAAGAAGAAGAACCAAAGAAAGAGACUGCUGCCAAGUCUGAAGAUGUCACCAAGUUCAAGGCUAAGAAGUCCAAGGCUGUAGCUAAGCAAGGAAGAGGUAAGUACCAGUUUGAGAUCAUGAUGCAAUUGGGAAUUUCCAAGGAAGAAGUUGUAAAGUUUUCUGACUCGGACUACUGGCUCAAAUUCUUCCCUCCUUUGACCCAGAAAGAUGUUACAGCUUUUGGUGGAAGAGUCGACUGGAGAAGAUCUAUGGUGACUACCCCAGCCAACCUCUACUACGAUGCCUUCGUCAGAUGGCAGAUCAAUAGAUUGAGAGAUGUGGGCAAGAUCAAGUUCGGUGAAAGAUACACCAUCUACUCUGAAUUGGAUGGACAAGCCUGUUUGGACCACGACAGACAAUCUGGUGAAGGUGUCAACCCACAGGAGUACACAGGCAUUAAAAUUGAAGUCACCGAAUUUGCCGACGCUGCUCAGAAGUUAUUUUCACAAGAGAAGUUCGACUUUGCCAACAAGAAGAUCUACUUGGUUGCAGCUACUUUGAGACCAGAAACCAUGUACGGUCAAACUUGUUGUUUCGUAUCGCCCAAGCUCGACUACGGUAUCUUUGAUGCUGGCAAUAACGAGUUCUACAUUACUACUGAACGUGCCUUCAAGAACAUGUCGUACCAAAAAUUGACCCCCAAGAGAGGAUACUACAAGCCUGAAGUUAGAAUCAACGGUGCCGCUUUGGUGGGUUCAAAGAUCCACGCUCCUUUGGCUGUGCACAAGGAGUUGAGAGUGUUGCCUAUGGAAACCGUAUUGGCCUCAAAGGGUACCGGUGUUGUGACAUGCGUCCCUUCUGACUCUCCAGAUGAUUUCGUUACCACCAGAGACUUGUACAACAAACCCGAAUACUACGGUAUCGAGAAGGAAUGGGUUCAACCGGAAAUCAUCCCAAUUGUCAAAACGGAGAAAUAUGGUGACAAGUGCGCAGAAUUCUUGGUCAACGACUUAAAAAUUCAGUCUCCAAAAGAUGCUGUUCAAUUGGCUCAAGCUAAGGAGCUUGCCUAUAAAGAAGGUUACUACAAUGGUACCAUGGUCAUUGGCAAAUAUGCCGGUGAGAAGGUCGAAGCUGCAAAGCCAAAGGUCAGAGCUGAUUUAGUAGCUUCUGGAGAAGCUUUCGUUUACAAUGAGCCAGAAGGUCUUGUUAUUUCCAGAUCAGGCGACGAGUGUAUUGUUUCAUUAGAGGACCAAUGGUACAUUGACUACGGUGAAGAAACCUGGAAGGCUCAGGCCUUGGACUGUUUGGCCCACAUGCAAACCUUUGCUAAGGAAACUAGACAUGGAUUUGAAGCUGUCUUGGACUGGUUGAAGAAUUGGGCUGUGACCAGAAACUUCGGUUUGGGUACCAGAUUGCCAUGGGAUGAAAGAUACUUGGUAGAGUCUUUGUCUGAUUCUACAAUCUAUAUGGCCUACUACACCAUUGAUCGUUUCCUCCACUCGGACUAUUACGGUAAGGUAUCCGGUAAGUUUGCCAUCAAACCAGAGCAAAUGACCGAUGAAGUUUUUGAUUUCAUUUUCACUCGUCGUGAAAACAUCAAGACCGAUAUCCCUAUCGAACAAUUGAAGGCCAUGAGAAGAGAGUUUGAAUACUUCUACCCUCUUGAUGUGAGAAUUUCAGGUAAAGACUUGAUUCCAAACCAUUUAACCUUCUUUAUCUACACACACGUAGCCUUGUUCCCCAGACAGUUCUGGCCCCAGGGUAUCAGAGCUAAUGGUCACUUGAUGUUGAACAACGCCAAGAUGUCCAAGUCCACUGGUAAUUUCAUGACCUUGGAACAAAUCGUAGAAAAGUUCGGUGCUGAUGCUUCUAGAAUUGCUUUGGCUGAUGCUGGUGACUCUGUAGAAGAUGCCAACUUCGACGAGUCUAAUGCUAAUGCUGCUAUCUUACGUUUGACUACUUUGAAGGAAUGGUGUGAAGAAGUCGCCAAGACCAAGGACUCGUUGAGAACUGGUCCAACGGACUCUUUCUUUGACCAGGCUUUUGAAAACGAAAUGAACAGCUUGAUUGAAGAAACUUAUGAAUUCUACAACAACACUCACUACAAGGCUGCCUUGAAGACAGGUUUGUUUGAUUUCCAAGCUGCCAGAGACUACUAUAGAGACUCUGUAUCCAACAACAUUGGCAUGCACAAGGAUUUGGUUUUGAAGUAUAUUGAAACCCAGGCUUUGAUGUUGGCACCAAUUGCUCCUCACUUUGCCGAGUACAUCUACGUUGAAAUCUUGGGUAAUAAGGGCACCGUGCAUAACACUGCUUUCCCAAGAGCCACCAAGGAAAUCUCUAAGUCUAUUGCCGACGCCUUACUGUACGUCAGAGACAUUUCCAGAUCGAUUCGUGAAGCCGAAGCCAAUGUUUUGAAGAAGAAGAAGGGUGGCAAGCCAUCUGAAGUCGACGCUUCCAAGCCAGCAAAAUUAACCUUGUUUGUAUCUAACUCGUACCCAGACUGGCAAGACAGCUACAUUGACCUCGUGAGAGAGUUGUACGAAAAACAAUCUUUGGAUGACAACAAGGCUAUUAGAGAAAAGGUCGGAAAAGACAUGAAGCGUGCCAUGCCAUUUAUUUCGCUCUUGAAGCAGAGAUUGACUGUAGAGAACCCUCAAACCGUCUUCAACAGAAAGUUGACGUUCAACGAAACAGAUGUGCUUAAGUCUGUUACUGCCAACAUCAAGAAGGCAACCUACUCUGUCAAUGUCGAAGAAGUUGAAAUUAUUUCGUUUGAGAACGGUGCCAAACAGGGCCAAAACGUUCUCACUGGUGAAUCUGUAGAAAUCUCCGUCACCGGUAAGAUUGUAGACUCUGCUGUUCCAGGUGAGCCAGGUAUCAUGCUUAACAACCUCUAGAUUGUUCAUAGAAGCGGAUACAUAGUAAUGUAGACGAUAAUAAAUACUGUAUGAUAU